AGUGUCCAAGACUGGGACACAGAGUAAACAGGGGACACAGAGUGGAAGAGGCGACUCCUGUGGUUCUGAGCAAGAGCCGUCUGUGGGAUUGGAUAUUUAUUUAGUCAGUAUGCUGAACACUCUUGUUAUCACUGCCAGUUUCCCUGUAUAGAGACUCAGUUCCUUUCCUGUUGAACUGGAUGGGCUGCAUAGUUAAAUUGAUGUAAGAGCUUUGUUUAGGAUUCUGAAAUGACAGAGAAGUGUCACUCAUUGUGUCCUAAGAAACAAGUCAGUCAUUGCUGUCAGGGUUGGGCCUAGUUCCAGGCUUACAUUUGCGAUGGCGCCCCCCCAGGCCAGUGUGAGCAGCUGGAGCUGCAAGCAGGUGGCCCGGUGGCUGAGAGAGGAGGGCUUCACAGUGUACGUAGAGCUGCUGUGCACUCAACACCGUCUAGACGGCACCAGCCUGCUGGCCCUGACCGAGGCUGACCUUCGCGGGCCACCUCUGGGGCUCACCAUACUGGGGGACAUCAAACGGUUAGCCUUGGCCCUCCGCCGCCUCCAGAGACAGAACCAGGAGCUCCUGGAUGAACUGGGACUGCGGCCCAACGAUGGGGCUGGGGCUACCCUUGUGGUCGCAGGUGGGGGUACGUGGGGCUGCAACGGAGCUGACCAUUGGUGUAGUGGCGGUGAGCGGUUGUGGAAUGGGACUGAGCUGCGACUGAGGGAGUGUAAUGGGGUGGGGGCGGGGUCUGGAGGGGUGCUAGGUCAUAGCCACGCUAAUGGGAAGUGUCGUCAGAACCAUAAUCUGGGCCGUCUGGACCCAGAGCUCUGGAAAACGGUUAUCAGCUCUGUCUAUGUCAUGUUUGUGUUCGGUUUCACCUCCUUCGUCAUGGUCAUUGUGCACGAGCGUGUCCCGGAUAUGAGGACUUAUCCGCCUCUGCCGGACAUCUUCCUGGACAGUGUACCCAGAAUCCCUUGGGCUUUUGCAAUGGCAGAGGCAUGUGGUUUGAUUCUAUGCUACAUCUUCCUGUUGAUUUUGCUGCUCCAUAAACACAGGUCCAUUGUGUUCAGGCGUUUGUGCUCUCUAAUGGGGACCGUGUUUCUUCUGCGCUGUGUCACCAUGUUCGUCACCUCUCUCUCAGUACCAGGACAGCACCUUCAGUGUGCAAGCAAGAUGUAUGGUGAUUCCUGGGGUAAACUGCAGAGGGCAAUAGCAAUCUGGAGUGGCUUUGGAAUGACGCUGACCGGCGUCCACACCUGUGGUGACUACAUGUUCAGUGGGCACACUGUAGUUCUCACUAUACUCAACUUUUUUGUCACAGAGUAUACCCCUCGCAGCUGGAACCUGAUCCACACGAUCUCCUGGGUGUUGAACCUGUUUGGAAUCUUCUUCAUCCUGGCGGCCCAUGAGCACUACUCCAUCGACGUGUUCAUAGCCUUCUACAUCACCACCCGCCUCUUCCUGUACUACCACACACUGGCCAACACCCGGGCUUUCCAUCACAGCCGCCGCGCUCGCAUCUGGUUCCCCAUGUUCUCUUUCUUUGAGUGCAACGUCAACGGGCCUGUGCCCAACCAGUACCACUGGCCCUUCGACAAGCCUGAUUUCAUGAGGUCCCUGAUAGGAUAGAAUGGGGUCUAUUUUUAACCAGCUUGAACCAGAAAGUGUGCUUGUGUGCAUAUGUGUGUGUAUGAAAACCGUAGUCCCAAAUAUAAAACUCGCACAUGACAACUGUUUUAGGAGGUCUAUCGAGACUCGCCUCAACUGGGAUGCUGUUUAUACCUUUUAAACUCAAACACGCUGAUGUGUGGGGGUGGUUUCUGGUUAGAACAAUGAGAAGGGUUCAUGUACAGGGGACAAGGAGAUAUUUUCUUAGUUUUAAUGAAUGGUUGUCAUUUUAUUUAAUUGAUGUCAGUGGGUACUUUGACCUGAUCUGGUCAUGUUUAGGGUGAAAAGAGGAGAUGGGAUGGGUGGGUCAUUGUUACAUGUUACACCUUGUGUUGGCAAUCAUUGAUGCCCACAGAGUCUGGUUAAGUUCACUUUAACUCACUGUAUUGGUUUCACAGUUCACCCUCCCUGUGUAUGUGAGGAGAGCAGGUCUCCAAGUACCCUGUGGAGUGUGACUUGAUUGAGUUUGUUCACAUAACCACAGAAAUAACAAUUCACUAUGACAAGAUUUCCACCAUGACCAAACCCAAGGGAUGUAAACAAUUUUUUGUAAUGGUGUUCUAUUUUGCCAACGAUCUUUCAGUAUUACACACUUUACACGCUUUAAUUAACACAAUGGAACUGGGUGGUUUUGCUAUUUAUAAUUUGAUAGUUUUUUUGAUGAUGAUGAUGAUGAUGAUGAAAUAAUUAAUGUAAUUGUAAAGCAUGAAAUAAUUGAUGACAAGAAUGUCAGUUUACAGUAUGUUAUGUGCUAGAUGUAGCCAACCAAGAUGUGUGCAAAGGGCUUAGCUGUCUGUCAUGAGUAGAAUAUGCUCCAGUCAGCUUUUUACGCUAAGUAUUUGUUGUUUGUCUUAAUUUAUAGACUAUUUUGUUUUUAUAUGUUAAUAAUAAUUAAUAUGUAUUUGUUUGCAAUGCAAAAAAUAAAUAAUUGCCUUUUGGCUCAGCAAUAAAAGUUUACAAAUAACUGCCUAAA